UCCAAACCAAACUAUGUCGCUGUGGGCUUUCGCCUCCACUGCCACAACUGGCGUCAUAGAAAACGUAGAGUGCCUCUUUCGAAACAGAAACGACAGCUGUUUUUCGCGUGGUGUAUCUCUCCCGCUCGGCCGGCCGCAGCGGCGCAGCGGAAACUCUCUCUACGCAGGUUCACCUGAGCCCCGCCUGCGCCCUCUCGGUCGCACCAUUGCGCGUUCCUAGACAUUAGUCCAUGGAGGCCCGACUGCCGGCUUUGUCGGCGGCGGUGCUGCUGAUCUCGCUCGCACGUCUCUUGCCGUCCGCAGCCACGCCUGGCGUCGCCAGCCUCGAGCACGCGCUCUCGCUCUCCAGGCAAUGGGAGGCGGUCUAUGGGCUCUCCCCCGAGUCCCCCACUCCGCCCGCCAACCUCUCCUUCCCCGCGCACGUGCCCCCCGCGCCCCACCUGGACGACUGCGCCAACCGCACGCAGUGGCGCUGGCGCGUGGAGCAGCGCGGGGCGGACUCCGCCCCGCCUGACUGGACCAACCCCUCCGCCUGCUGCGGCUGCGCGCCCCAACCCCCCUGGGUGCGCGGCACAGACGCGGCCAAUCUGGCGCUGACACGUGUGGCACAGCGGGACAUCUGGGCGAGCCAGUUCCCCCCCGCCAACUGCACGGGGCGGCGCCUGCUGGUGGCGCCGUGGCCGGACGCCGCCAGCCACUCUUUGGGCGCGCAGCUGCUGGCGGCGGCGUCGCUGCUGAGUGCCGCCAUGCGCCACAACCGCACGCUCGUUAUGCUGCCCGGCUCCUUCUCCCGCGCCAGCCACGCCGGCUGUAAAGCCGUGGGUCAGGAGGGGUCGUUUGACUGCUACUUCCUGCCCACGGCCGCCCAGGCCUGCACUGACUGGGCCGUCGCCGCACUGGCAGCCGCGGCAGCAGCACCCGGAACAGCAGCAGCAGCAGGAACAGCUGCGGCAGCCGCAGCACCAGCCCCAGCACCGGCACCCGGUGGCGGUGUGAAUGGAGGUGCGAGUGAGGGUGUAGCAGGGGUGGAGGUGGAUGAGGUGGUGGUGGCGGAGGGGGGCAGCAAGGGCGCAGUGCUGGCGUCGGACAAGGCCGUGGUGCUGCUCAACGACACCGCUGAACGCGAUGACUGCGACGCUGUCAGUCUGUGGGGGUCGCCCCAUCGCAACCGGCCGAGUUUGGUGGAGUUGGGGGGGAAGAUGCAUCCCCUCAACGAGGGGGAGCUCAAGCUGCGCUGGUGGCAGGCCCAGGCCCUGCGCUUCCUCCUGCGCUGGCCAUCCGCGCACCUGUGCCAGGUCAUCAACCGCAUGCGCCACGCGUCGUACGGGCUCUCCGUGGCGUCCGAGGUGGCGUCCGUGACCACGCAGCGCGCAGCCAUCAUCGCCGCACUCGCCAGCAAUGACGUGCACCCGGCGUACGCCUCCAUGCGCAUGAACGCGUCCGAAGAGGCCAACUUCCUGCGCUCCUUCAACUUCUCGCACUCGCAGAGCCUCGAGGCGGACGUGUGGCCGGGCGAGGGCUUCGAGGGGUGCUACCAGUACAAGGGGCCGGGGCCGGCGCGGGUGGACAGGGUGUAUGAGGCGGUGGGGCGGGAGGUGUUUAUGAUGCGGCCCGUGGUGGCGCUGCAUGUGCGGCAGGUGGAGGAGGCGGGCAGCAAGGCGAGGGUGCGGUCGCUGGCGGGGUUCAUGUUCUCGCUGUACGGCAUGCGCAAGCACGUGCCGUCUCUCAACCACGUGUGGCUCACCUCACGCCUGCAGGUGGACAUAGAGCACUCAAAGCAGUUCUCUGAUUGGACCUUCCUGCACUCAGACCACCCGCGGCAGGCAGGCCCGCAGCCAGUGGUGGAGUAUGAGAGGCAGGUGGGGCUGGAUGUGAGCGUGGGGGCGAGUCUGGCGAACCUGCUCGUGGCAGCGGAGAGUGACUAUUUUGUGGGUACGCUCAACUCGGAUUGGAGCCGCCUCAUUGACGCGCUCAGGUGCACCAAUGGCCGCCUCUUUGCUGGGUUUGUGGCUGUGGAGGAGUGGUGAGGGAGGGUGUUGUAGACGCUGGAAGACUACAUUGCUAUGCUAAGACUGCUGAUGCCGCCGCUUUUCUGGAUUUAAGUUGCACAAACUCUGUUUUGUAGACAUGUUUCUUGCAAGUUUGUCCUUGUUUUCGUUACAAAGGUCCGAGAGGAUGUUUUAGGAUUGAAAGCGAUCCAUCUUAGAACUGAAGAAUUAUUGAAUAGAGAGAGAGAGUACAAGGGUAUAUACCUAAGAGUGUUG